AUGCUCUCAAUUUCACAAUGGGAUUGGGAUUGGGAAAUUGAAGCUAAUAGCACAGCUAUAAUCACAUGUGAUCGUUCUAACAAAGAUUUCGAUCUAUGUACAAUGAAUAGUCCAACACUUUUAGACCCAACUUCAUUAACUCUCUUUGCAUUAGGUCCUCAUACAAGGAUUCAACAUCACAUCCAUAUGAAAAUCAAGCCUUUCCCUCUGAAAAAUGAUACAAAUGCAAUGUCCCCCAUUAGUGAACUCACUCUCACAUCAGCACCAUUAAAAUCAUCUCAAUGCGGUGUCACACAUCAUAGCCCAGCAUUAGUAUUCAGUGUUGGAGGGUAUACUGGAAACUUCUACCAUGACAUGAAUGAAAUUUUCAUACCACUCUUCAUCACCAUCAAUUAUUCCUUAUCCCAUGAUCAAGAUGUAAUACUUGUGAUCAUAGAUGUUAAGCCUUGGUGGUUCGAAAAGUAUGUUGAUUUAUUAUCUGCAUUUAGCCCUAACCAUAAGAUCAUCAACACAAAUAACCUAACAACCACUCAUUGCUUUCCAUCCGCGAUCGUAGGGCUGAUAAAGCAUGGACAAAUGAUCAUAGACCCUAAAUUGCUACCAAACCCUAAAACCCUUCUUGAUUUCCAUUCAUUUCUAAAACGUGCAUAUGUCAAAGAGGACAUCCCAUUUGUGUAUCUUAAUAGUAAGGGUAAGCCGAUUCUCACAUUGGUGAGUAGAAAAGGAAGUUCUAGCCGUGAUAUUUUGAACGAAGAAGAAGUCAUAAAGUUAGCUGAAGAUGUAGGGUUCAACGUACGUGUUUUGAAGCCAUCAAGAGAUUUCUCAGUAGCUGAUGCUUUUAAGUUGAUUCAUUCAAGCCAUGUAUUGUUAGGCGUGCACGGUGCAGGCCUAACAAAUUUAUUGUUCCUUAGACAAGGGUCGGUGUCGGUGCAAGUGGUGCCUAUUGGACUUGAGUGGGCCUCAGAAACUUACUAUAACAAACCAACUAAGAUUUUAGGGUUGGAGUAUGUUGAGUACAAAGUAGAGGCAAAUGAAAGUAGCUUGUCAUGGGAGUAUGGAGCUGAUAGUCUAGUGAUCAAAGAUCCAAAAGCUUAUACGGAAGGAAAAUGGGAUAAGCAACUAGUAUACCUGAAGAAGCAAAAUGUGAAAAUUGAUUUAAUUAGGUUUAGAAAUUGCUUGACAAAAGUGUAUGAGAAGGCAAAAAUAUUUAUGAAUAGUACUAGCUAG